UUGAAUGAUUGAUAUGUCCUGUCUUAACCAUUUCUUAGGUAAUUCUGAGAAUUGUUUUGUCAACGGUUAGAUAAGUAUAAGAUGUGUGAUUUUCUGAGCAUUGAAGGUCUUUUUGCAGGCCUUAAUUAUGGUGGAGGCUAGUGGACUGCCUUUUCUUUUGGAUGGGUGGCAACCCUUAAGACCAAUAGCAUCCUUUGAAACUCGGAAAUAAUGGAUUCACUCUUUUACCCUUUUCCACUUAAAAAUCAGGCUUAGUUCGUAUACUACAAGGCUCGAGCCAGUGGCCUAAAUCACAAGUCCCUCGACCUUUGCCCCUUGAACUAAGUCUGGUUGGUUUGAGACUGUUUUUCUUUUUUCUCCCAAUUGUGUUUUCAUUUCUUGUUUCUUUAGUCGUUUUAUUUUUUGAACACCGCAUAUACAUAAUGAGACUUUUCUAGCCUAACCAAAAGGUCACAUGAACAUGCCUUAGUGUCAUAGACAGACUAUUAUGCACCACCGAAGUCAUCAAUGUACAUGAAUCCUGUGAAAGUCCAUUAUUUCACACUUUGGAGUUUCUCUAAUCUUGAUUUGGCUGAGUGUAAUGGACACUAGUCAAAUUGUUGGCUUUGAUGAUGAAUUUGAUUUGUUCUCUAGUUUGGCAUAUCUUUUUGAAAACUAUGCUUAGAACAAAAGGUUUGAAAUUUGACUUUGACAACUUAAGUGAUAGAUGUGGUUGAAUCAGUCAUAACACCAACUUUGUGUGUUAUUUAUGGAAUGAGAUUAAUUUAUCCAAAAUAAGUAAAAAUGAACAGAUGGAUUCAAAGUAUGGACUCAUAGUUGGGCUCACCUCGGAGUCGAUUUAACUUGUUACCAUAGCAAGUUUGAUAGGCUUAACUCGACUCAACUUGAUUUGGCUCAAUACUCAAAUUUAUUUAUAGGUAAAGUUGUCUUUGUGUGACCUAUAGGUUACAGGUUCGAGUUGUGAAAGCAACCACUAAUGCUUGCAUUAGGGUAGGUUGUCUACAUCACACCCGAUGUGGUGUGGUUCUUCCUCGGACCCUACUAAUAUGGAUGCUUUGUGCAUCGGGCUACACUUGAUGUUGUUAUAGUGGAUCCUCCAACUAUUAUGGAAGAUUAUGUCUCAUACCUCCUUUAACUUGAUCCUAUUAAAAAAAGGAGAAGGGUGCUUACACAUGUAACUGUCAUUUUGUAGAGUAAAAUCUGUUAUGAAACUCUUCCUAACUACCCCCAUCUAAGACUAACAAAAGAAUAGUAGAAAAAUGGGAAAACUCCAAAAGUAUUUAAAAACCCUAGACUGUCUCUAGCUAUUUAUAUGCACCUAAGAGACCUUCCUAACCUCUGCCUCUCCUCUGCAUAGUGUGUACUUUGGCUCCUCAGAAAAUGAAUGACAUGUUUCUUUAGACCGACUUUCUUGCUAUAUUGACCUCCAUUUCCAUCCUAAAAAAGAUCCCAAAAAGAGAGAAAAGCAAAGCCAUUUGAGUAAAAGAUGAGGGGAAGAUCUUCACCAAAGCAAGGAGGAGUUAUGGAAGUAGCAAAGGUUGAUAAACUAAAACAAGAGCCUCAUCUCUCUGGUGCCUAUAUUAGAAGCCUAGUCAAACAGUUAACUUCUUCAAGAACCAAAGAUCCCUUGAAUCCUAAAGACCAUGAUGAUUCACUAGAGAAUUCAACAAAACUUGAUGAUACUUUGUGUAGUGAUACACAAUUUUCAUCACCACAGCCAGCAGCACCACCACAGAUUAAAAAGAAACAAGUGAGGAGGAGACUCCACACUAGUAGGCCUUAUCAAGAAAGGCUUUUAAAUAUGGCCGAGGCUCGGCGUGAGAUUGUCACUGCCCUUAAGUUUCAUAGAGCGUCUAUGAAACAACAGCAACAACAACAACAAUCUCACACUGAGCCACAGUCGUUGCAGACUUGGCCUCAGGAAUCUUUAGGGGAAGAACAAGGGAAGCCAAAAUCCCGGAGAAACCCCAGGAUUUAUGCUUCCAACACUAUGGCUAAUAACUUACCAUGUUACAACAUGGAAAAUUUCUCCAAUUCAACCUUCCCAUGUCUUCCUCAAUAUCCUUAUUCUUGCCCUGUUUCAUCCUUUGGUUCCCAAUUACCUUUCCAAGACAACAUGAAUUUUCCACUUCCCAACCAAACAUUAGGAUUGAAUCUCAAUUUCCAUGAUUUCAACAAUUUAGAUGCAACCCCUUAUUGUAGUAGCAUCAGCAAUAAAAAUUCAAUCUUUUCAUCAUCAUCUUCUUCAGAUGAAUUCCAUUAUGUGGGAGAAGGGGUUGGUCCUAUUGGUGAAAUGGUGAAUUCAAGGUUGCAUCCAUCAAUGGAUGACCAAGAAAUGGAAGAGAUCAGAUCAGUAGGGAAACAACAUGAGAUGGAGUGGAAUGACACACUCAAUUUGGCAACUUCAGCUUGGUGGUUCAAGUUCUUGAAGGCUAUGGAAAUUGGACCUGAUGAGAAGAACAUUGCUGAGGAUUAUGGAUGUUAUCCAUUUGAUGAAGUCAUGGAAUUCCCUCCCUGGUUUAAUCCAAAUGAAACCUGCUUGCAACAACAUGUCGAUGAUACCUAUUCUCAUCCUACCUUACCAUGGAAAUUUCCGUGGCCAAAACUGAUGCAUGCUAUUAGAUCAUGUUUUGUUGGUAUUAUUAUACGGAAGUAUGGGUCUUUGCUAGCAUUGACACGUCAAACGGUGGAACAAAUUAAACAGACAACCCAUUGGGCCCACUUUUUUUUAAAAUAAUUUUUUUGUGAUUUU